UUCUUUCCAACUUUACAUUAAAAUAUCAUUCUUGAUCCAAUCUUGAAGUACCAUAAUGGCUUUGUUGUCCUGUCACCCUUACUGUACCUUUAUAAACUCUCAUUAAGAGCCUCCAAUGGAGAGUUUCAUAGCAACCCAUUUUCUUUCUUUCUUUCAACAUAGAUCUUGAUAUUUAGCUCAACUUUUUUUCUUUUUUAUUUUUUUCAAGAAUGGGUUCUUUAUUUUUGCAAAAGGGUGUGUUGGUAUGGAUUUUUUUGUUUAGUUUGAGAUUCAUUUGUGGAUACUCAGAGGUUGAAAGAGUGAGUGGAACUGUGUUUAUAGAUGGAAAAAAUGCCAUUGGAAAAAUAGAUAGACAUUUUAUUUGUGCUACUUUGGAUUGGUGGCCACCUGAGAAAUGUGAUUAUGGAACUUGUGCUUGGGACCAUACUUCUUUCCUAAAUCUGGAUCUUAACAACAUUAUUUUUCUCAAUGCUAUAAAAGCCUUCUCGCCAUUAAAGAUUCGGUUGGGUGGAACUUUGCAAGACAAAGUCAUAUACCAAACUGAAGAUCAUAAACAGCCUUGUGUCUCAUUUGUUAGAAACACAACAGAGAUGUUUGGUUUUACUCCAGGGUGCCUUCCCUUGUCUAGAUGGGAUGAACUCAAUGCAUUCUUUAAUAAGUCUGGGGCUAAUAUCAUCUUUGGAUUGAAUGCUCUCUAUGGAAGAUCUGUACACUCUGAUGGUUUAUCCGUCGGAGCUUGGGAUCCAAGCAAUGCUGAAUCGCUUAUACGUUAUACUGUCAAAAAAGGAUAUGAUAUCCAUGGUUGGGAACUCGGGAAUGAAUUGAGUGGAAGUGGAGUUGGAACCAGAGUUGCAGCAAAUCAAUAUGCAUCUGAUACAAUUUCCUUGUACAAAAUAGUGCAAGAUGCUUACAAGAAUUCCGAAACUAAACCAUUGGUCCUCGCACCAGGAGGUUUCUUUGAUGAAGGCUGGUUCAAGGAAUUAGUAAAUAAAGCCGGGAAAUCAUUUGAUGUGGCCACUCACCACAUAUAUAACCUCGGUCCAGGAAGAGAUGAACACCUUAUUGAAAAAAUCCUCGAUCCAUCUUAUCUUGAUGGAGAGGCUAACACAUUCAGCAAACUUCAGAAUGUCCUAAAGACCUCUGACAGUUCAGUAGUUGCCUGGGUUGGUGAGGCUGGAGGGGCUUACAACAGCGGCCGCAACCAUGUCACAAAUGCCUUUGCUUUUAGCUUCUGGUAUUUGGACCAGCUUGGGAUGUCGGCUGCCUAUGAUACCAAGACAUACUGUCGACAAACACUGAUUGGUGGAAACUAUGGUUUACUCAAUACAACUACCUUUGUACCAAAUCCAGAUUACUACAGUGCUCUUCUUUGGCACCGAUUGAUGGGAAGGAACGUUUUAUCAACAAGUUUCUCAGGGACAAAGAAAAUACGCGCCUACGCUCAUUGUGCUAAGGAAUCUCAAGGUAUCACCUUAUUGUUGAUCAACCUUGAUGGGAAAACUACCAUCCAUGCCAAAGUUGAUUUUAACGGUACUAUGUUACAUCGGCGAAAGCACAUACAUCAUCAUAGCCACAGAAAGAGUUCAAUUAAGCUACCUAAAGGUAGCAAAAUAGCAUCAAAUACAAGAGAAGAAUACCAUUUAACAGCAAAAGAUGGAGAUUUACAAAGCCAGACAAUGCUGCUAAAUGGAAAUGCACUAACUAUAGAUUCAUCUGGGAAUAUACCUUCAUUGGAGCCUAUAUUUGUCAAUUCAACAGAGCCGAUAUCGGUUGGGCCAUUCUCUAUUGUAUUUGUACACUUACCAUAUGUUCUUUUGCCUUCUUGUAGCUGAGUGAUAUCUGGGGCCAAAAAAGAGUUCCACUUUGAUGAUUUAAGAGGUGUAUGGAUCCAAAAGGGAUUCCAUUUGAUUAUUGAACCAAUAAGAUAGGCAUAGAAUAUGUAGAGAAGGAUACAUGUAUCAUUAUUUUUCUCUAAGAGAAAAUAUAAGCAUUUCAUUCUUGGUUCCAA